GGAGGAGCGGGGUGGGGGGGGUGUCGAGCGCUGUGGCGCGCGUGCACGGAGCGCGAGCCCCCCCGUUAAAACAGCACGGCUUUAACAGGAAAAGUGCGCAGAUCCGUUUAGUGAAUCCGGCGCUGCUGAGCUCGUUUAAAGAGCUGAACUCUCCCGUCGUGACUCGGACACACAGCCUCGACCGCGCGCUGACUCCGACCCGGACUCCCCUCGGUCUCAUCACAGCGUUCUGACUCGCACAGCUCCGAGGCUCCGAUCAGCAUGUUGGUCGCCGAGUUGAAUCGAGGUGGUCUUCACGCCGGCAUGACUGAGUUUCAGGAGAAACUGAGGCAGCAGCAUGAGAACUCCAUGCACCAAGAGCUGGAGAAGCUCCUCUCCACCACCAAGGGAGUGGAGGCUGAGAACUCCAGGAAAGAUUUUGAAGGAUUUAAGCAGCUGUUCCAUAGGUUCCUGCAGGUGAAGGGGCCAUCAGUGGACUGGGCCAAAAUCAACAGACCUCCUGAGGAUUCGAUCCAGCCGUACGAGCGGAUCCAUGCGAAAGGUUUGCCGGAGGCCGUAGCGGCCAGUCUAAAUAAGUUGGCGGUGGUGAAGCUGAAUGGUGGUCUCGGCACCAGCAUGGGCUGCAAAGGCCCGAAGAGUCUGAUCAGCGUUCGGAAUGAGAACACCUUUCUGGAUCUGACCGUGCAACAGAUUGAGCACCUGAAUAAGACGUAUAACACUGACGUCCCUCUGGUCCUGAUGAACAGCUUCAACACAGAUGAAGACACCAAGAAGAUUCUGCAGAAAUACACUCACCACAGAGUAAAAAUACACACCUUCAACCAGAGCAGAUACCCCAGGAUAAAUAAAGAGUCUCUGUUGCCGGUGGCGACCAAUAUGGGUCUGACAGGUAACAACUGUGAGGCAUGGUAUCCUCCUGGUCAUGGAGACAUCUACGCCAGCUUCUGUAACUCAGGGCUGCUGGACAAGCUCCUCUCUGAGGGGAAAGAGUACAUCUUCGUCUCCAACAUCGAUAACCUGGGCGCUACGGUGGACCUGCACAUCCUCAACCACCUGAUGAGCCAACCGGCUGACAAACGCUGCGAAUUCGUCAUGGAGGUCACAGACAAAACACGGGCUGACGUCAAGGGUGGGACUCUGAUCCAGUAUGAAAAUAAACUGAGGCUGCUGGAGAUCGCACAGGUGCCGAAAGCGCACGUCGACGAGUUCAAAUCCGUCACAAAGUUCAAAAUCUUCAACACCAACAACCUGUGGAUCAGCCUGCCUGCCAUAAAGAGACUGCAUGAGCAAAACGCCAUGGACAUGGAGAUCAUCGUCAAUCCGAAGACACUGGAUGGUGGUCUGAACGUGAUCCAGCUGGAGACGGCCGUGGGCGCGGCCAUCAAGUGCUUCGACAACGCGCUGGGCAUCAAUGUCCCCCGCAGCCGCUUUCUGCCUGUCAAGACCACCUCCGACCUCCUACUGGUCAUGUCCAACCUGUACAGCCUGGAGGCGGGGUCUCUGACCAUGAGCGAGAAAAGAGAGUUCCCCACCACGCCCCACGUCAAACUGGGCAGUUCAUUCACCAAGGUGCAGGAUUUCUUGCGGAGAUUUGAGAGUAUUCCAGACAUGCUGGAGCUGGAUCAUCUCACCGUGUCUGGAGACGUCACUUUCGGAAAGCAGGUUGCUCUGAAGGGCACGGUCAUAAUCAUCGCUAAUCACGGAGAUCGGAUCGACAUUCCGGCCGGAGCGAUGCUGGAGAACAAGAUUGUCUCCGGAAACCUGCGCAUCCUGGACCACUGAAGCCUUUCUACACUCACACUCUCAACACCAGUCACACACGCUGCCUCUUACUGCCUCUUACAUACGGCCCAUAUCCAGCUUCUCGACUGUUAGAGUCCGUCUGUCUGUCUGCCUGUGGGCUCUUAUCCAUGUGUGUGAGUGAAUGGAUGUAUAUGAGUAACUGUGUAUGCAUAUACAGUACUGUGCGAAAGUUUUAGGCACAUGAAAAAAUUAGAGUGAAAAACUAUUUAUCUGGUCAUUAAGCAUUAUUUGCUCAGAAAACACAGCAGAAUAAAUACAAAAAUAUUAAUACAGAAACUGAUUUUCCAAACCUCUCCUCAAGGAAACCUGCUGUUAAUUGCAGCUUUGGCCAGCCAGUACUUCAUUAUGUUAAAUCAAGUGUUGCCGAUGAUAUUCAACAAAUCUUUGUGAUGGCUGGGGGCAUGGAGGAGAUUAGCCUUACAAGCUUUCAACUCCUUUUUUGAAAGAAAAAAAAAUUACUUUUACUGUAUUUGUUAAUUUGCAUUUAUUCUGUUUAUAUGGUGUUUUUACUAGCAAAAACACUAAUUCUCAAGAGUGUAUAUGCAUACCCAUGUUAUGUAUUUGCAUGUGUAUGUGUGUAUGUAUACAUUAUAUAUAUCUCAUCAUUAUCCAAUGAUCACCUUUAGCAUUGUGUCCCUUACAGUCACGGUCAGUUUGAUUUUCACUGUAAUUCUAUCUGAAUGUAUACUGUGACGGUCAGCUGCUGUCGGUCCUGCUAGACUGAACACACUGAAGAUGAACGACUCAGUAAUGAUUUCCCCCUUUAGCCGUUGGUCCAGGAUCAGGUGUGGUACCUCCUAAUGGUAAUGAAUGGGUCUGUAGCAUGGAAUGCAGAUCUCAGGUCAGGCUGUGUGUGUGUUUGAAGGCGGUAGAGGCUGUUACAUCGGAUGCUCUGGAUGGAAUUAAAGUGCAAUACGCAAAUACA